UCUCUUCUCUCUUUCUCUCAAUCUCUCCUCUCUCUCUCUCCUGGUUCUGUUUCUCUCUGACUCUGCCUUUCUGUCUCUCAGAGGGGAGACUCCCGGAUGCUAUAGGGUGGAGCAGUAACUUUAGAAGAGCAGAGGUCAGAGUUGGAAGUCCAGGAAAACAAUGAAAAGCAAAAAAAGUAUCCUGUCCAAAAAAAGAGUUGAAGACGGACGAGUCGGAGGCAGAGCUGGGACCCCGGCCGCUCCCAUUGGGCAAAGCUGUGCUUGACUCCACCUGCCCUCUCCCAGAUCUGAGACCUUCCCCUCCCACAGGUAUUGAGGGUGAAGCUGUCAGGGUCCUAAUCUUUUGUUUAAAUCGUAAUAAUGUAGUAAGAUGUGACUGAUUGGGGAGGGGGGAAAACGUGCCCUGUACUUCCACCCCACUCUAAUCACAUAAAGCCCUGCCCGAAGCAUUCGCCUGUGAGUGUGAGAGCAGAUAAAGCUGGAGUCUUGCUCAGGGAGCAGUAUGUUUAUGCACACCCCGCACACGCUCAGGUAUGUUGCUACCUGCCUCCUCUUAUUCUCUGCCACAUGUGUCGACCUGAGACCUCACGACAGCCACAGAAAAUGGUUGCAGAUUGAAGCAGUGAAGAGAGGAAUCCUGGACUACCUGGGAUUGGAGCAGCCCCCUGUGAUCAGGAAGAGUGUGAGCAGGGAGGAGGAAGAGAAAAUGUAUCAGCUCUUCCUGCAGAACAGCAGCAGCGGCAGACCGGGGCGCUCGGCAGAAUCUGUCACAACACUUCAUGUCAUUCCAGUGCUGGUUGAAGGAGCUGGAGACAGCGGAAUGGCGGCUUCCAAGGAAGGAGACUUUGAUCAGAGACUCACUUUCUGCUUCUCCAACAGUUCGGACAUUCAUCCGGGUUUGAGGGUUGUCCGCGCUGAAUUAAAACUCUUCCAACACCUCCCUGUCAACAAGUCUCUCGAGAGGUUAAGUUCCAGCUCCUGGAGGCGAGUCAAUGUUUAUGAGAUAUUGGAGCCCACCAGCCCAGGUGGAGAACUGUCUUAUCAACUGUUGGAUUCCAAGGCCCUGGACACUCGGCCCAUCACCAACAUCAGCCUUGACGUCCGGCCACUAAUUGAGCGUUGGAUGGGUAGUGGGCAGCAGCAGGUACAAGUGCAACUCCAGUUUCACCCACCCCAUCCUGACAAUCCAGUGCUUGACCCAGGUUCCAACACCAGCAAUCAUCUCAGUUUGGAGAUUGAGACCAAGGAAGUGGCGAGUGUCCCGAGGGAACGGCGGGCAGCCAGCUCUGGGGAGGACUGCCGGAGGAGGCAGAGGAAUUGCUGCCGGAAAUCUCUAAGGGUGUCAUUUAAGGAGAUCGGAUGGAGUGACUGGAUCAGGGCACCCGAGUCCUAUAAUAUGUACAACUGUGGGGGCACCUGUCCAGCAAACUACAAGCCAGCCAAUAUGCAUGCCAUGAUUAAAUCUGCCAUGCACCAGCUGUCUGGAGGAGCCAGUCCCGCACUCUGCUGCAUUCCUGCAGCAUAUGAACCCAUGACUUUGCUGCAUUAUAGCAGCGAGGGCACACUCACACUCACUGCAUUCGAGGGCAUGAUUGUCACCAAUUGUCACUGCUCCUAAUCUCCUGACAGUCUCUACCAGCUCUCUAUCUGCCCAGCUCACUGCCCAAUGUCCAUUAGAGUCCAUCAGCUCACUGUUAGGUGGCUGUCAUUGUCCAGCUCACUGCCCAGUGUCUAGUUCACUGCCCACUUUCCAACUCACUCCCCAGUGUCCAUUAUCCAGUGUCCGUCUCACUGUCCAGGGCCAACAGCGUCCAGUCCCCAACAUUCAACUCCAUCUCAACUGACCAACUACCUGCCAACAUUAACCCAUUGCCGAUCAGCAGAUGUAAUCCAGAAGAAGGGGCCUCACAGUUAGGUCUCAGGCCCCUCAGCCGAUGGGUGGGGCCUUACUGAUAGCGGAAGGGGUGUGGUGAGCAGUGGGAGGUCUCUUAAACAUGUAUCCAGCUCAAAUGACCUCAUCAGAUUGACAUAUAUAUGACACAACUGAUUUUGACCAUCCCAACUGUGCUAAAAGGGGCCAGUGGAGGUCAGUCAUAGAUUAUUGAGCAUACAGCACAGUAACAGGCCCUUCGGCCCACACAUCCACGCCAACCUUCUUGCCCAUUUAUACUAAUUGCAUUUGCCCGCAUUAGGGCCAUAUCCUUCUAUGCUUUGCCUAUUUAAGUGUCUAUCUAAAUGCCUCUUAAAUAUUGGAAUUGUAUCUGAUUCUACCUCCUCUGGUAGCGCAUUUCAGACAUCAACCACUCUGUGCAGAAAAACCAUCCCCCAGAUCCCCUUUAAAACCCCUUCCAUCUAUGCCCUCUUGUUUUUGAUACCUCCACCAUGGGGGAGGGGGGGGGAAGCUUUUGACUAUCCACCUUCGCUAUGCCUGUCAUAAUCUUAUAUACUUCUGUCAGGGCAUUCCCCCAGCUUCCUUUUCUCCAGCCUAUCCAAUCUCCCCUAGAACUCCUCCCAUCCCCUGGCAAUAUCCCUUUGAGAUGCUUAAACCAGCGCAUGUGAUUGGUCAUUCAAUCAACUCAUGGCGAGAUGAUUGGUUACAAGGCUUUAAGAAAUGAGGUACCCUGUUUUAUUUGAUAUUUAUUUAAAAUGAUUAUUUAUUGUUAAUCUUUAAUUUAUUGAGUGUUUUUCUGUUUGAUCUAUCAGGCAUAUAGUGGU